CUUUCAAGCUUUUCCUAUAGCAUCUUCUUGCCGUGAUGGAGGUGCAAUUCCUUUUCUCUUUCCAGCAUAUGUCCUGUGCUUUUCUCUGCCAUCAAGCAGAGAAGGCCAAACUCCAAAGCAGUCCUUGCAUUACAAAACAAAAACUUAGCCCUGUCACACAAACAGUUGCAUUCUAUCAACCACCUUCUGACCAAGCAUUCAGAUUUUGAGAGCAGGGAGAAGUUGCAAUGGUUGAGCCUGCUAUUUCUACCACUGUUGGCAGAAUCGGCGAGCUCGCUGUUCAGGAGACAAAAUUCUUGUGCGGAGUUACUUCAGAAGCGGGAUUCUUGAAAGAUGAGCUGGAGCGGCUGCAGUGCUUCCUCCAAGAUGCAGGCACCAAGAGGAAAUCAGGGAAUGCAAGUGCCAAACUUUGGGUUAGCCAAAUCAGGAACGCGACAUAUGAAGCUGAGAAUGUCCUAGAGGUGGUUGACUACAUGGAGAAGAGAAACAGGCUCAAGAAGGGCUUCAUGGGUACCAUUUCAAGAUCUUAUCAAUUCAUGGAUAGCAGAAAGCUUUACAUCAUCGAUGUAUCAGAUCUUAUCAAUUCAUGGAUAGCAGAAAGCUUUCUUCCCGGUUCAAUAAAGAAUAAGGAACAAAUGGCACGGAAGUACGUAACUGAGUUGGCUCAAAGAAGCUUGGUUCAGGUUACUUAUACAAGUAAAGUGCAUGGGUGGAUUGAAAGUAUACGACUUCAUGAUAUUUUACAUGAUUGGUGCAUUGGAGAAGCAACAGAUGCUGGUUUCUGUGAUGUCAUCGACAAAACUACGGGGCAUGUUGUGCUAUCAUACCGCUCUUCUCUUCAGAACUACUAUGAAGAUAACAUGUUCGAGGCAGCACCGCAGCACCUAAUCUCCGAACUCUUAUUGGCUUUGAUCUUCCAUCAUUCUCCCUACCUAUGCUGAGAUACCUAAGGGUUCUUUACGUAGAGAAAUCGAAAGUAGUGAAUCUCUCUCAGGCAAUCAGUGGGUGCAUUCACCUUAGGUGCCUCAUGUUAAUAGGGUGUGUCAAGGUCACGCUUCCUUCUUCACUUGGGCAAUUACUUUACUUGCAAACUAUAGAUCUGAGGAAUAUAAUUUUGGAAUCAGAAGUACCAAAAUCCAUAUGGGCUAUCCCUACUCUAAGGCAUGUUUACCUCGGUCGUGGUUGCAGAAUGGG